AUGAAACUGCUGACUGCAUUGUCCUUCGUCGCUAUCAUGUCUCAGCAUAUCAUUAAAUUGGUGCUCAUAUUUAUCUUUAGCCUCAACAGUCUUGUGGAAGCAGCGCUUCCGGAAAAUGCUCUCGCAGGGAACGACAAUCGUGCUAUGGACGAGAUCGACCUUACAUCGCUCCUUACUCCAAGAGUGCCGAAGCAGAAGCCUCUUAUACAAGAAGCUCUCCUUCUCAUUGAUUCGAUGAAGCUCGCUCCAUCCUGCAACCGGCUGGCGGUAUCAGAGCUCGUCUCUUCCUGUCAGUCAAUCGGGGGUCGGACCGAGAAACAAGACACGGAUAUAUACUUGGACCUGGAGCUCGUGCGCUCGCUUUAUGCAGCCCGUCUUGCCAUUUGUGAGCUUCGAGAAGCUAAGGCAGCAGCGCCAGACACGUGUUCCUCAUUGGUGAUUGUGCCGCCGCAGAAAAGAGGCAAGUUCGGAUUUAUUUUCGGGGAUAGAAUCCGCUUCCGUGCUCCGGAGGUCAUUCAGAAGCCGCAGUUGGAGUCUUGCCUUCAGUCGCUAGAGACCCGGCCGCAGUGGUGGACUUCCUAUAGCAACAGUCGGCAAAAUGCUGUGGUUAUAUGCCAGGCGGCCAGGGAUGAAACUGAGAAGGAGGAGCUCCUUGAGCUUUAUCGAUCUAUACUAAAUAGCUCUGCCGAGCUGGAGCGUGGUCUCCACGAGGCAUUGGAGGUCGCUGCAGCUGACCUUGCCCGUCAGAAGGAAUUCAUGCAAGUGGUCGGUAUCAUGAGAAGCAGGAUGAGACAGGAACUGGAAGAAACCGAUAUGCGCUUGAAAUCGACGAUGGACCGGAUUUUGCACAGCCUGUACGCGUAUGCCGUCGACUCAUUCAAGGGGUCCCUUGGGCCUGCGAUUGACACACUGCAGCAAAAGACAGACACCCUCGAAUUCAAACUCCAGACUGUUGCUACCGAAGCUGAUAAGCUUGGUCGCACACUACACGCUCUACACCAAGAGUCUGCCAAGAGGGACCAGGAAUUGGCGGAUGCGCAGCAGAGAGAGCUAGAGACCACCAGGGAGACGGCCUUGGCUCACGACGAAAGCGUAGGAGCACUUUGCCAGGAUAAUUUGGCAAAACUCUUGCAAUUUGAUGCUUCUCUGCGCAUGCCAGGCAUUCAGAAGGCUCUUAAUGAGUCCGAAGAGCGAACCGAACAGCUGCAUCAAGCACAAUUGCAGCAAUACGAAGCUCUACAAGAAACAUCCCGAUUACACCAGCAGCAACAAAUUCACUUGAAUGGCAUGCUGGCUGACCUUGACAAAGCAGCCGUCAUAGCUGCGAAAAUGCUCAAGGCAAUUGACCAGAUGGGAUCUAAGUAUGGGCUGGAUCUCAGCAUUCAAGGGCAGUCGCUGUAA